UAAUGGUGAACUAAUUUUUUGAAUCUUCCUGGUGAGGUGAAAGUUAAAAGUCCAGAUCUCCUACAUUAGUCUACUUGUUGAACACCAAAUAACAAACAAAACAAGUGUUUUUGAGGUUUGACGUUGCAAGCUUGCCUUUUAAUUUUAUUAGAAUUUGAAGGCUUAUUAAUGAGUUUCAAAUUUGAAUUUUGUAAAAGUAUAUUUGAAUCACGGUAGUUAUGAGGAAAGUGAUGUAUAAAUUUUUGAUUGCGGGAUCUCUAUAAUUCAUCUGUCCGAGUUUUAUUUACAUUUUAAGAUGGAUCUGCCUAUUUUGAAUAUUCCCAGUGACUUGACUUUUACAUUACAAACUGGACUUUUAAAAGAGAAUAUCACUGUAAAUCUUAACGAAUUUUCACUUGAUAAAUUGAAGGAAUUAGCUUGUAAAUUUCUUAUGAAAAAUUUUCCUGGUCAUGAGCACGGUGAUUUAAGCCAACGUUUGCUUUUCUUUCGUCAUGAUUAUAGCUUUGAAAAUGUUCUGUUGCCUCUUAUCGCCAUUACAGAUAUUUCAGAAAAUGGAUUGAUAGAAAUUGUUUUAUCAGGUAAUAAUAAUUCUUCAGAACCUCAAACAAGGCCUCACUGCUUAGCACUUCAUUCUUAUAAAUCUCCAACAUUUUGUGACUUUUGUGGAGAAAUGUUGUUUGGCUUAGUUAGACAAGGACUCAAAUGUGAAGGUUGUGGUCUUAGUUUUCAUAAAAGAUGUGUGUACAAAAUACCUAAUAACUGUUCACACACUCGUAGAAGAAAAUCAUCCACUUAUUUACACACUCCUAAUCAGUCUGAUCAGAUUGGGAUUUCUCUAAGCAUUCCUAAUAUGGCAACGUUUCAGCCACCUUCUCCGAAUAGAAAUCGUAAAUCUCCAUCAUUGCCACCUGGAAAAACUACAUUUUUUGAAAAAUCAUCCUCCUCUUCCAAAAUGAAGGUGCCUCAUCGUUUUGAAAUCCAUUCCUAUACUAGGCCAACAGUCUGCUUUUACUGCAAGAAACUUUUAAAGGGUCUUAUUAGACAAGGGAUGCAGUGUAAAGAUUGUAAACUGAAUGUACACAAGCGUAAGUGUAUGGAAUCUACUCCAAUGGAUUGCAUGGGUGAAGCUCCUAAGGAUUUUUCUGAUGUAUCAAAAAACAGUUCAAAUGAUGAUAAUGAAAAAAUGGAUCAUAUGGAUGAAGAAUCAGGAGAAGAAAGUGAUAAUUCUUCUGGAAAAUCUUCCCUACAAGAUGAUGAAUCUAAAAUUCCUGUUCAUGAAGCCUCUAGUAACAAUAUACCCCUACAGAGAAUAGUUCAAAGUAUUAAACACACAAAAGGCAAAAAUUAUAAAAUUCUUAAGGAAGGCUGGUUAAUGCAUCAUACAAACAAGGAAGGAAUGCGUAAAAGACAUUUCUGGAGACUUGAUACUAAAAGUGUGACCUUAUUUCAAAACGAUACCACAUCGAAAUAUUAUAAGGAAAUUCCACUCUCAGAGAUUUUAUCCGUAGAAAUUUCGAAACAGAAUAUGUGUUCUGAUCACAAUCAAGGGCACUAUUUGGAACUGAGGACCGCAAAUGUAGAUUAUUAUAUAGCUGAGGAUAACAGCAAUCUGAAAGCUUGGGAGAGUUCAAUAAGGCAAGCACUCAUGCCUGUUGAUAUGCCAAAAUCAACCUGCCAAUUCUCUUAUCUCAAUAAAGAACCUUGUAAUGAAGCCCAGACGAAAAAAGAAAAAGGGGAACAAAGUUUGGACAUCAGUUUACAAUAUCAAAUAUUUCCUGAUGAAGUUCUUGGCUCUGGUCAAUUUGGCAUUGUAUAUGGAGGUGUUCACAGGACCUCUGGUAGAUCUGUUGCUAUUAAAGUCAUUGACAAAAUGCGUUUUCCUACUAAACAGGAAGCACAGUUAAAGAAUGAGGUGUCAAUUCUGCAAAAUAUUCAUCAUCAUGGUGUCGUAAAUUUGGAAAAGAUGUUUGAGACAGUUGAGAGGAUUUUUGUUGUCAUGGAGAAAUUAAAAGGAGAUAUGCUAGAAAUGAUCCUUUCUAGUGAGAAAGGUAGACUCUCUGAGAGAACCACUAAGUUCUUAAUUUAUCAAAUAUUAAUGGCCUUAAAACAUUUGCACUUGAAAUGCAUAGUUCAUUGUGAUUUGAAGCCAGAAAAUGUUCUUUUGUCUUCUGAUUCAGAUUUUCCCCAGGUAAAGCUGUGUGAUUUUGGAUUUGCUAGAAUAAUUGGAGAAAAAAGUUUCAGACGAUCAGUUGUUGGCACUCCAGCUUAUCUAGCUCCUGAAGUUUUAAAGAAUAAAGGUUACAACAGAUCUUUAGACAUGUGGUCUGUAGGUGUUAUUGUGUAUGUGAGUCUCAGUGGAACUUUCCCAUUUAAUGAAGAAGAGGAUAUUAAUGACCAAAUCCAAAAUGCAGCCUUCAUGUAUCCACCCAAUCCAUGGAAAGACAUUUCUACUGAAGCCAUUGAUUUGAUCAGUAAUCUUCUACAAGUUAAAACCAGGAAGAGAUAUACCGUAGACAAGUCACUCUGUCACACAUGGUUGCAGGACUAUCAAACAUGGUGUGACCUACGUCGACUCGAAUCUGACGUCGGAUCACGCUAUCUGACUCAUCAGUCUGACGAUGCCAGAUGGGAAGCCUAUCGUAGAUUGCACAAUUUAGAAAGCCCACCACCCGUUCCCAAUAAUGACGAAAACCUCAUGUCUUUUGAUCCUUCCAGAAACUGUUCCGGAAUUUUUGGAAAAGUGCGCCUCUGAAACGAGAUGGAG